AAGAACAGCCUCAAACGACGUCGUCUCGGUCGGUUUUCUUCUUCCUUGUGGCUCACUCUGCAGUGUCCUCCAAUGGCUGUGGGGAUCUGAAAACCACCAAAAUUUACACAAAGAAAACCAAACAGAGCGUAGCAAUGGAGUACAGGAAGCUCAAAGAUCAGGAUCAAGACGAAUCUUCAGCCCCCCAAGACCUCGAAAGCUUGCGGGUCAAGCCAGUGGAUCUCACCAAGUGGAAGCUCAAGUCGGCUGUUACGAUAGCUCUGACCGUUUUCACGAGUUCACAAGCAAUAUUGAUUGUGUGGUCGAAGCGGGCUGGGAAGUAUGAAUACAGUGUCACCACUGCAAAUUUCUCGGUGGAGGCUUUGAAGUGUGCAAUAUCGCUUGCUGCUUUGGCACGAAUCUGGAGCAAUGAAGGUGUUACUGAAGAUAACAGGCUGAGUGCAAAGCUGGAUGAAGUUAUUGUAUACCCCAUUCCGGCAUUUCUUUACCUAAUCAAGAAUUUGCUUCAGUAUUAUAUCUUUGCGUACGUGGAUGCUCCGGGUUAUCAAAUACUGAAGAACUUCAACAUUAUCAGUACUGGAAUUUUAUACAGAAUCAUACUCAAGAGAAAGUUAAGUGAGAUUCAAUGGGCCGCUUUCAUUAUACUAUGUGCAGGGUGCACUACGGCACAACUGAACCCAAAAUCUGACAGUGUUCUCCAAACUCCAUUCCAAGGCUGGGUGAUGGCCAUUGUGAUGGCACUUUUAAGUGGUUUUGCUGGAGUAUACACCGAGGCCAUAAUGAAAAAGCGUCCUGCAAGGAAUAUAAAUGUGCAGAACUUCUGGAUGUACGUGUUUGGCAUGGCCUUCAAUGCUGUUGCUAUACUGGUUCAAGAUUUUGAUGCAGUGAUGAACAAGGGAUUCUUCCAUGGAUACUCUUUUAUUACAGUUCUCAUGAUUUUCAACCACGCACUCAGUGGUAUCGCUGUGUCUAUGGUUAUGAAGUAUGCUGAUAAUAUUGUGAAGGUGUAUUCUACUUCAGUGGCAAUGCUUCUUACAGCAGUUGUUUCUGUGUUUCUAUUUGGCUUUCAUCUAUCCCUCGCCUUUUUCCUUGGCUCGACCGUUGUCUCGGUUGCGGUUUAUCUGCAUUCAAUCGGGAAGGUUAGGUAAUGACGACUUCAUUUCACUAUCUCCGCCUAGUUCUACAGUCAGUGUAAAGGAUUAUGUUACUCAGAUAUUUUUGUCUUGCUCCAUUCAAAUUCUUCAUAUAUGUCAUGAAUACUUGUUCAAAAUUCAGAUUAGAUUGACAAGUAACAUACUCGUCUCCUGUAAUUUGUUUUCAAUUCAAUCAAUAUUAGUGGGUUCAAGGUUAGUUUUCCAUAGGUGCUUCAAAUUUCUUGUAGAAUUUCAUCAACCGACAUUUGCCUUUAGUUGUGAUUGUUGAUGAGUUCCAUUUGUAAAACAUAAUCAAUUGACAUUUCAUCGAUCGACAUUUAAAUUAAUAUUUCAACAAAAA